AACCAGGAUGCUCUCCAAGCAGUUCUAGAGAAAAUAGCCAACACUUUUAGAGAUGUUAUCUCUAGAACUACUGCCACCUCAAGAGUGCCUAUUUAUGAAACUAACUUAGUAUGUAUAGAACUAUUAUUUGGUAUUAAAGAAGAGGAUUCUUUCAAAUGGGUUGAACUGUUUGAUCGAGCAGCUAAUACAAAUAAUUGGACUCCCAGAAAAAAGAUCAAAAUAGCCUCUGGGUACCUGCAAGUUCAAGAAGCUUUUGAAAAGAGUCAAUCCAGAACAUUGGUUGCUCCAACUGUAUAUAAUGUGAAUGUUCUUAGGAGGUUUAAAGCUAAAAAUAGCCUUGUGAGUAAUUAUAAUAAUAAAAGUGAGGAGAAGCCUCAAAAUAAUAAGAAACUGGAGAUAGAUCUUGACAACCUGACCCAUCAAGUGCAAAAAUUAACAACUGCUCUUACCUUGUUAAUGGAAACUGUUCCAAGAUUCUAUAAAGAAUAUGAGCCAGAAGUCGAGGAAGAAGAAGCCUUUGUGACCUCUGUGGCUAUCAUCAACUAUAUUCUACCCAAAGGCCCAGAGAAUGAUACUCUAAAAGAUUUGAGGAUAAAUCAGAGAAAAGAUAUCAUCCCUCAAGCCCUAGUAGCACUUCUAGUAAAUGUGAACUCUUUGCAACUAGUACAACAAGCUCUAGUAGCCCCUCUGCAAGACCUUGACGAAAGAGAGGCCCUCU